CCUGCAGUCAGUCACAUGAAGUCCACCUGCUGAAGUGGACAGACAGAAAGACAGACAGACAGGUGAAACAAACAGACAGAAAGAUGGUGCUGUUGUUGUGUUGUUUCCUCUCCUCUCUGCUGGUUGUCAUGGCAGCACCGGCUGCAGAUGAGGUGAAGUUCCUCCCCGGCCUUCAGAAACAGCCGAGCUUCAGACACUUCUCUGGAUAUCUGAAAGUGGCCGACGGGAAGCAUCUGCACUACUGGUUGGUGGAGUCCCAGAAGGACCCGUCCUCAGACCCCCUGGUGCUGUGGCUGAACGGAGGCCCAGGAUGCAGCUCUCUGGACGGACUGCUCACUGAGCACGGACCCUACCUGAUCCAGGAUGACGGAGCGACGCUGCAGUACAACCCGUACUCCUGGAACAAGAUUGCCAACGUGUUGUACCUGGAGUCUCCAGCAGGGGUCGGAUUCUCGUACUCGGACGAUAAAAACUACGUCACCAACGACACCGAGGUCAGUGACUCAGACCUCAGCUCCUGAUUGGCUCUCAGACUG